AUGCCGCCAUCGGGCCUCGCAACGGUGCGAGGCGCUGUGCUCUCCGAUAUAAAGGUCGACGAUGCCCCACCAACAAUGCGUGGCAAGCCGUUGACUCCGGCGCAAGAAGCCGUCCUGUGGAGCCUCUAUUUGCGACAUGUUCCCGACCGCCCUGGCGAUAAACUGCCUGGCAAGAAGUUCUGGUGUGAUCUUGCGUUGAAGUUUUUGAAGCAGACUGGCCGUACAUAUUCGUGGUUGUCUGUUAAACGGCGGAUUGUUGCGUUGCUUGGUGUUCAUGGAGUCCUGGUGGACUGGGGUCCUAAACAGGUGAGGUCACCGCUGCCGGAUCCUGGGUUGCCAGAAGUUGCGGUGCAGUCUGGUAGAGGGUUGACCGAUGAUGAUGGUGGAGAGGAGCGGUUGGAACCUGGAUCUGUUCGUGAAGAGCAUAGGGAUCUUGAUGAUUCGCACUUGUCACAGAGGCCGACGGUCAACCAGAGACUGGCUUGGUUUCAGAGCUCCGAGGUCAAACCACAAAAUGCAUCCGCACCUGAGAAAAGAACAGGAGUUGUUCGUGACUGGCUCAAAAGGACCUACUCGACAUCCCUUCCAGACGAAAGUGAUGAUGCAGAAUUCAGACCUGGUUCUCAGAGCCCUUGCCCCGUGCAAUCCAGGUCGUCAGCGAUCACCAAAAUCCGGGCUCGAUCGCGAUCUCCCCAGUUCGACAGACAUCAUGUAUACCGCAACCGAUCGCCUGGCUCGAGACGAAGGACAGAGCUGGUUUCUAAACAGCUACAGAAUCAAUUAGCUUCUGCUCGGACUCCACGAACUGAAUCGAGAAAGCGGCAAAUACCUGACAUACCAGGGCCUGAAUGGUCCCGUCGGAGUGAUCCUCAGGUUGUGAUUUCGAAGCGUCGCAGUCCACUCAAAUCCAACAGUGCCCAUGAUUCCUUUGAGAGUAUUUACCUGGCACCUCACACAGACGGCGCAGGAAUACCGCGCAAAUCACAGAGUGGACAGCCUGCUACUCUCGAUUUACCCUCGUCGGAUAAUCAAGAUGGCUUGCCGCAAAUGCCGGUUCGGAUUUUGAGAAGGUGCCGUGUUGCUAAAUAA